CCGAGCGUUGGUCCGACCUAUACCACGAUUUCAAACACCACCACCUUUGGUUUUCCAUCGCCGAAGCGCUCGGACUUGGCGGCUCUCUCCGAUCGUUCCUCAACCUUCUGCCGCAACCACCACCACGCGGCGGAGGGGAAGGGUGGUGAGCCAUGGGAGUGCUAGUGGAGUCGCCGUGGCGGUCCAUACGUGAGGUGGUGAUCCAGAGCGUGACGGCCUACCACGCCCAGCAGCAGCAGCGGAAGAGGAAGAGCCUCUCGUGGAGCAGUGCGGAUGGAAGCGGCGGCUCAGCGGUCGGGGACGACGGCGACAUCGGGUUCUGGGAGGAGGAGGAGGAGGGCACCUUGGAGCUGGCCCAGAUCGGGGCCGAGCGGACCAAGAACGUGCUUAUCCUGAUGAGCGACACCGGCGGCGGUCACCGGGCUUCUGCGGAGGCCAUCCGUGAUGCCUUCCGUAUCGAGUUCGGGGAUGAGUACAGGGUGUUUGUGAAAGAUUUGUUUAUGGAGCAUGCGGGAUGGCCGCUGAACGAUAUGGAGAGGUCCUGCAAGUUCAUGGUGAAGCAUGUGCAAUUAUGGAAGGUGGCCUUUCACAGCACCUCUCCUCGAUGGGUUCAUAACUUGUAUCUUGCUGCCAUCGCAGCCUUCCACGCCAAGAAGAUGGAGGCCGGUCUGAAGAAGUACAAGCCUGAUAUCAUCAUCAGCGUCCAUCCUCUCAUGCAGCACAUUCCUUUGUGGGUGCUGAAAUGGCAGAACCUUCAGAAAAGAGUUAUUUUUGCGACUGUCAUCACUGACCUCGACACCUGCCACCCUACAUGGUUCCACACCGGUGUUAACAGAUGCUAUUGCCCAUCGGAGGAAGUAUCAAAGAGGGCUUCAGCGGAUGGCCUAGAGCCUUCACGGAUCCGUGUGUUCGGUUUGCCCAUCAGACCUUCCUUCUGUCGUGCAGUCUUAGUCAAGGAUGAACUGAGGAAAGAGCUGGAGAUGGAUCCUCAACUUCCUGCGGUCUUGCUCAUGGGAGGAGGUGAGGGAAUGGGUCCAGUUAAGAAGACUGCCAAAGCCCUCGGUGAAUCACUACUCGACAAGGAGCUUGGCAAACCGAUUGGGCAACUCGUCGUCAUUUGUGGCCGCAACCAAACUUUAAGCUCUACCCUACGAGCCAUUCAGUGGAAGAUACCUGUGAAGAUAAAGGGAUUCGUAACCCAAACGGAGAAAUGGAUGGGAGCCUGUGAUUGCAUCAUAACAAAGGAGGUUGGCAAUGUUCCUUACGUUGUCGACAACGGGGCCGGAGUAUUCUCCAAAAGCUCCAAGCAAACAGCAAGCCUUGUUGCCCGGUGGUUCGGCCCCGAAUCAGAGGAGUUGAAGAAAAUGUCUCAAAAUGCCCUGAAACUGGCACAACCCGAUGCAGUCUUCGACAUUGUAAGGGACAUCCAUGAGCUGGCUGAACGGCAAGGGCGUUUGUCACGGAUCUCUGAUUCCCUGACUCCAUUCUUUCUGCACCAGUGUGACAUGCCUCCCAGUCUACACCAUCUGCUUACUGUACAGCUACUGUUGACAUUCUUUGGCCUUGAAAGUGGCUUCAUUUUCCCGUGCAAACCCUGUUCAGAUUCUCUGUUCUUGUUCUAAUUGGCGUGUGUGCAACUCAUAUCCAAGUCUACAUUUCUACGCUGUCAAUAUAUUUGUAAAGAUGUCCUCAUUGUCUGUCUAACUUCAUAGCAACGCAGCUGAACUUUUGUUGAAGUCAAAUCUUUGUCAUCGAGUGAUUCAGGUGAAUGAGCGAGCUGGAUUUGUU